CCGAGCCAACGCUUUAGCCGAGCGCCGAGCCACGCGGAGUUCAGUUUUUCUUUGGCAAAUGGAAUACAAACGCAUUUAAAAAUGCUUGAUUUCGCGAUAUUUGCCGUGUGCUUCGUGAUAUUUCUUUUGGUUCUUGUGUUCUACUUGUACCCAGGUUCGAGUAAGCAGACGACAAUACCAGGGCUCGACCCAAGCGAUCCAAAGGAAGGAAAUGCUGGAGAUAUCGUUUUAGCUGGUGGUCUGCAAGAGUUCCUGAUGUCCUUGCACAAAACUCAUGGUCCAAUCGCAUCUUUCUGGAUGGGUACAAAGCUCGUAGUCAGCUUAGGGAGCGUCGAUCUAUUCAAGGCGCAAGCACAAAUAUUCGACAAGCCAGCCGAUUUGUUGGAGCUGUACCGUGGUCUUGCUGGCACAAGCAGCAUUCUUUUUGCUAAUGGUGUGGAAGCACGAAAACGGCGUCAAAAUAUUGACAAGGUUCUUACUGAAAACUUGAAUACGCUCUUUCCACAGAUACUACAGCUUUGCAAAGAAGUAGUCGAUCGUUGGGAGCAACUCCCGUCCGACCAGCAUGUCCCAACAUACCAGUACAUGUACGCCUUGUGCAUGAAGACCUGUACACGGAUGCUGUUUGGACAUUACUUCUUCGACGAUAAAAAUGUCCUGGAGUUCAGUAGGGCAUUUGAGCCUUGCAUGACAGAACUCGAAGAGAUGUCAAAUGGCACGCUGGCAGAUGCAGAAAGCCCGAGAAGAAAAACUUUCGAUGAAGCUGCUAAGAAGAUGCGGACAAUCCUAGCAAAAUCCCUGCGGGAACACAAGUCACGUAAGGCGUCCACUGGCAGCACUCCCCUUCUGGUUGACGUCUUGAGCGGUUCUGGAAUGUCAGACGACCAGGCAAUCGAUGACUGCGUGACAUUUGUAAUAAAGUACUAUACCCUCAUCCAAGCUAUGACCUGGUCCAUCUAUUUUCUUGCGACACACCCCGACCUGCAGGACCGCAUAGCGAAGGAGGCAGAUGAGCUGAUGAAUACGGAGACGGAGCUGACACCGGAGCACUUUUUAAAAGUGAGAUCUGUUCAAACGGCCAUCAAAGAGACUUUACGUACGUCCAUCGUCGAACCAUGGACAGCUAGAUUUCAGGACAUCGACGUGGAGAUCGGAGGACACAUUAUUCCAAAGAAGACACCCGUGAUACAAGCACUUGGUGUGAUAAUGCACUCUGAGCAGUACUGGAAACUGCCACAACGCUUUGAUGCGAGCCGCUUCGAGGAUGGGAAGGGUGCUCCCGCAGAGACCUUCUGCCCAUUUGGAUUCGCCGGAAAGCGCCAGUGUCCAGGACGAGAUUUGGCGAUGCUGCAGAUGUCCGUCUUCAUCGUGACAUUGUGUCGCAGACUAAAAUUACAACUGGUCGAAAACCAAGUUGUGACCCCAACCUAUACGGUGGUUACCAAGCCCGAGGACGAAGUGUGGCUUCUGCUUUCUAAACGGCGGUAGCACCGUUGUUGCUCGAUCCAUACGGUGUUCAUAUGUUAUGCCACAUUUCUACAAUAUCAUUUUUUUUAAACUUAGGACAAGAGUCAUAUGCUAUUAAAGAAUACUAAAUUUGUUAA